UCUAGCGAAGCAGCAUCUCGUUAGCGGGUUAGGUUCAGUAUUAUGUAAAUAAUUCUUGGGACGUACAGUCUCAAUAAAAAUAGCUUAAAAAUGCAUAAUAGCUCAUUUGAAUAGUAUAUCAUACAUAUGACAUGUACUUUUAGGUGGGUACUGCUCGCGCGCGAUCAUCUGGGCAGGAUCUCAUCCGUCCCUUCCGGACGAAGCGCGUGCUCACGACUUCUCACUUGCUCAGCAGUCGCGCGCAGUUUUAAUUCUUGCUCCCCGCGAGCCACCGGACACCUCUGACUCUCACUCACCUCGGUCUCGUGCCCCGGCCGGACUCCAGGGCCCCCCUCCCUCCACCCUCCCCGGUAAAACGACGAGUUUGGUGUCAGUGGCGAUGGUGAUUGACAGAUGAUCUGACAGAGGAAGACAUCAGACGUCGUCUCCGUGCUGGUUAUUAUGGGGUGUGCCUGUUGCAAGCAGAAGAAGUCCACCAAAGCAACAGUAACAUCAACAACAGGCGAUGUUACAGACCUGUUUCCUAGCAACGCAGAUGGAGGGUUAUCCUCGGUUAUGAAUCAGGGCCGCUAUUGUCCUGACCCCACUCAGAUCCCGGACUUCAACAAGGGCUUCUCACAAAGCGACAUCUUCCCCAGCACCAACACACACCAACGGCCUGGAGGUGGCGGAGUCACUCUCUUUAUAGCUCUGUAUGACUACGACGCCCGCACAGAAGAUGAUCUUACUUUUCAGAAAGGAGAGAAAUUCCAGAUCAUCAACAACACAGAGGGUGACUGGUGGGAGGCUCGCUCUUUGGACACAGGCAACUCAGGUUACAUCCCCUCCAACUACGUAGCUCCUGUCGACUCCAUACAGGCCGAAGAGUGGUAUUUUGGAAAGAUGGGGAGGAAGGAUGCAGAGAGACAGUUGUUGGGCCAUGGCAACCAGAGGGGAACCUUCCUCAUACGCGAGAGCGAGACCACCAAGGGUGCUUACUCUCUGUCUAUCCGCGACUGGGACGACAACAAGGGAGAGCACGUCAAGCAUUAUAAGAUCCGCAAACUAGACAACGGUGGUUAUUAUAUCACCACAAGAUCUCAGUUUGACACUGUGCAGCAGCUGGUGGAGCACUACACAGAGAGAGCGGCAGGACUGUGCUGCCGUUUGAUUGGCAGCUGUAAGCGGGGCAUGCCUAAGCUGGCCGACUUAUCAGUGAAGACCAAGGAUAUGUGGGAGAUUCCCCGUGAAUCCCUCCAGCUGAUUAAGAAGCUGGGCAAUGGCCAGUUUGGAGAAGUCUGGAUGGGCAUGUGGAAUGGUACCACCAAGGUAGCGGUGAAGACUCUGAAGCCAGGGACCAUGUCCCCUGAGGCCUUCCUGGAGGAGGCUCAGAUCAUGAAGAGACUCCGCCACGACAAGCUGGUGCAGCUCUAUGCUGUCGUGUCUGAGGAGCCCAUCUAUAUUAUCACCGAGUUCAUGAGCCAAGGAAGUUUGCUGGACUUCUUAAAAGAUGGUGAAGGGCAGAAUCUGAAACUGCCUCAACUGGUGGACAUGGCUGCACAGAUUGCAGCUGGAAUGGCGUACAUUGAGAGGAUGAACUACAUCCAUCGUGACCUGCGAGCAGCUAACAUCCUUGUUGGAGACAAUCUGGUGUGCAAAAUCGCUGACUUUGGCCUGGCUAGGCUCAUUGAGGACAACGAGUACACAGCCAGACAAGGGGCGAAGUUCCCUAUCAAGUGGACAGCUCCAGAAGCUGCGUUGUAUGGUCGCUUUACCAUCAAGUCAGAUGUCUGGAGCUUUGGCAUCCUACUAACUGAACUCAUCACUAAGGGACGGGUGCCAUACCCAGGCAUGAACAAUCGUGAAGUACUGGAGCAGGUGGAGAGAGGCUACCGGAUGCCCUGUGCCCCGGGCUGCCCCGCCUCGCUCCAUGAACUGAUGCUGCAGUGCUGGAGGCGGGAGGCCGACGAGAGGCACACUUUUGAGUACCUGCAGUCCUUCCUGGAGGAUUACUUCACCGCCACAGAGCCGCAGUAUCAGCCCGGAGAAAACCUGUGACCGCACACAUGUGGGACAGAUGUGGAGCAAUAAACGGACAAACAGAAAGAGAGUGACAGAUAUAUAGACGGGAAGACAUUGAUAUAUAUACCUGCAUAUACACUGAUAAGCAUGUCAUACCACAUGUACAUGCUUUCACUGUAUUUGUCCCACACACACACACGCACACACACAUAUUAAGAUACAUAUCGUCGCCUUGUUUAAUUGUUGAAAGACAGUUUCCUCCUUUUGGUCAUUGAUCACUGCAGCCCAUUCAAGACAGAUCAGUCAACCAUGUUGAAGAGCAGAGUCGGAGCUCUGCUGCUCAGGCCUUGCAGUAAUGUUGCUUUACUCUGUAACCAUGACAACAAGGAAAUGAAAGAAGAUGUAGAUGGUUGUGUUGAGGUGGGGGGAAGUCGAGUUGGUACAUGAUUUGUUCAGCUACCAUAUAUGUCCUCUGAUUCCUGUGUCUGAGACGAGGUGAUUUAGUUGUCCAGCUGUUUACCUGACAUAAAGAAUGUUGAUAGAGAAAUGAUAGAUGGUGCAACAGGUCUCAGAGCGCAGUUUGAAUGUGGUCUUCGACAAAAAAAAGAAAAAAAAGAAUGAUGUCAGAAUGAACCUCAUGAACACGUGUGGUAACUAAGUAGAUCAUGUACACAGCCACUCCCAUGUAGGAUGCCUCCUCUAACAAUAAUCUUACAAAACUAUAAAAAGGCUGUUGAACUGAUCCACAUCCAUCACCUGAAAAAGGGCUGAACCGAACCAAUAUGUGCCUUAAAGUGAUCAAAUUAAGGGCUGUUUUUAAGUACCUUUAUCACUGUGUUAGUAAAUUCUGUGAGAUGGUAAAGAAUGCUUUUGGUUUGUCUGUUAAUUUGUAUGAGCUGUCUCGUUUGUUGUUUUUAAUUUAACUCAGAUAUAUCUGAUGCAUCACAAAGACUUCUAUAUCUAGUUAACAUAUAUACAGUUUCCAUCCAUUGGGAGGGCAGGGUGAAAUGUUACACAUAAAGGGGAAAAGAUCGAUGUGUGUUUUUAUGGAGAAGUGUAACCUUUAUGUUGAGAUUGCCCUGUCAUGUUAUUGUAAUAAAGAUCAAAUAUCUUUUCCAAAUGAA